UUUUAUAUUUCGCGCGGUCGGUGAAACGUCGCUGUAAUCGUGUUCCUCAUUUCUAGAUUUUCAUAUGUUUGUGUCUUUCCCAUUCGGUUCGUAGACAAUGUUCAAAAUAGACGUUCGCGCGUUAAUUCCAUCCUAUUGUGUACGGUGUGAUGUAUAAACGCAUAAUAUUGAGAGAUUUUACGUAUCACGAAUCUUAAUAAAUGUCGAAUAAAUCCGACGUUACGCGAAAAUGGUCAUUUCAGCCUUAGACAAAGAUACCGUAAAACUAAUAACUACUACUCAAGUUAUAACUUCCGUAUCUACUGCUGUAAAAGAAUUGAUAGAAAAUGCAUUGGAUGCUGGUGCCAAAAAUAUUGAAAUUAACUUGAUAGAUAAUGGGUGUACCUUGAUAGAAGUAAAGGAUGAUGGUUGUGGUAUCUCAAAAGUAGAUGCUCCUUAUAUGACUUUAUCAUCUUAUACAUCAAAACUAAGUAGUUUCUCCGAUUUAGAUUCUUUAGAAACGUAUGGAUACAGAGGCGAGGCUUUACAUGCACUAAGUUCAGUAUCUGACCUUACAAUUGUAUCAAAAACAGAACAAGAUGAAGCAGCCACAUCUUAUACUAUUGAUUGUAAUGGGCGUAUCGUGAAUUCAAAACCUUGUCACAGACAUACAGGAACAACUGUACAAGUUAAGCAAUUAUUUAAACGAAUGCCAGUGAGAAGGCAAAUAAUUACAAAUUCAAAGAAAGUCAAUCAGGAUAUUAGAGCUUUAGAGUCCUUAAUAAAAAGUUAUGGAAUGUGCAAAUACUUUGUACGAAUAAAUUGUAAAGUAAAUGAUAACAUUAUAUUUGCAAAACCUAAUACAAGUAGCCUUGAAGAAGCAGUUACAUAUAUCCUUGGUAAAAAAGUAACAUGUAAUAUGAAUUGGAUGGAUGUUACAGAUAUGGAUAUUAAAAUAAAAAUGAUGGUUCCCUUAAAAGAAACACAUGCAGUUGAAGUAUUUCAAUCCGGAGGACAAUAUAUUUUUGUGAAUGACAGACCAAUUAAAUUUAAAGAAUUAGAAAAGGUAACGACUAAAAUAAUUCUAGAGGCAGUGGGACAAGAAUCAAGGAAAAAACCAAUAUUUCUUAUAUAUAUUUUAAUAAAUGCAGCAAGCAUAGAUGUCAACUUGGAACCAAAUAAAACUUGUGUAUUUUUUAAAGAACAGAACAUGGUUAUAGAUAUAAUAGAAAAACAUCUAAAUAAUUUUUAUGGAAUACAAACAGAAAUACAAGCAAAACAUAAUUGUGAAAGUUCAUUUACUAGUUAUCAAGAUUAUACACAAGAAAUAAACGUCAAUAAUGCUGAAAACAAAGCUCCCGUAUGUAAAAAACGGAAAAUAUGUGUAGAAGAAUAUUCCGACGAGCCUACUGAACAAAACAUAAAUAUUGAUGAAAGUAUGACAAAUGAUUUAAAUUCUGCCGCGAUUAAUAAUUCCGAGCAUAAGCAACAAGCACAAAUUUCUAUAAAUAUGCAAAAUUCUUCUGAUGAAUAUGCUGAAAGAUGUGAAAAGAAAACGGACGACCUUGACGUUCAAUUGCCAUCUUUAGAUUUAAGUGAUUCAGACUCAGAAAAAUCACAGAAUUUUACAUUGAUUUAUUGCGAUAACGAUAUUUCUUGUAAUACGAUUAACAAUAAUACCGAAAGAACUACUGAAGAUACUCCACCGUUCAAAUUAACUCCAUCGUCUGAAACACUCAGUCAGCUGCCAAUAGUAGAUUUAGGCGAUGAUUUCUUACUGCAAGAUUUUUGUGAUAUAGAUACAAAUGAGAAAGAAAACAAGGUGGAGAAUACAAAGUCAGAAACUUUGCACGCAGAGAAUAAAUUAGAUGCGAAAAAGCCAAUUACAUUAAAAGAAUGGAGUAAAGGACACAUAUUUGGUUUGAAGGGAGGCACGGAUGUAGAACCUUGUAAUUACAUACAAUCGAAUGACCAAUCACCAAACAUCGAUACACAUACAAAUUUAUGUCCAGGGUUUCUUAAAUUUUCAAAAUCUAUCAGAUCAGAAGUAGUGGGAAAAGAUCCUACUAUGACAGCACCGCAAAUUGCCCAUGUAAUGACCAGUCUUUGGAAAAAGUUGUCACCUGAAGAACGGGGAUAUUACAGAGACCUUGCGCGCGAGGAAAAGGCGUCUGAGUAUGAGGAAGAUAAACUGGAAGCAAAAACAAAAUGUACCAUAGAUGUUAAUAAGAAUAAAAAUAGACUGCUGAAAGCAUUCGAAAAACUGAAGGUGAUGAAUAUGGAGAAGAAGGAAAAUUUAGUCAUGAGAACUACUGUACCUUGGGAUAUAAAUUUAAAAAAAAUUACUGAACAAUUUCUAAAUGAUUCUUCAUGUGAAAAUACUAAUGCUGUUGUUGGACUAUUACGUGCAAACUUAUGGAUUGUUUGUAAAUCUGCGCAUAUUUGGAUUUUAGACGCUAGAAAUCUUAGAAAAAAAUUACAAGUGUCUGAUAUGAAUGCCGACGAGGAUAAAGCUGAAAAUGUAGAGGAACUUCUAAAGCAAUGGUUUUCAAUAAAAGAUGAUUUGUCAUUAUUACAUCCUAUACAUUCUUUAACGCAAAUUAGGAGUAGUCUUUAGUUUAUGUCGUUGUAAUAAUUAUUUAAAUAAUAAUCCCGUUAAGUUUGAAAUAAACGCAUUACUUUGUUCUUAA